CAUCUGCAUGAAGGUGGUAGUGCAGUUAUAGAAAAAAAAAAACAGAGUAAUGAAGUCUACCUCCUCCUUAGAUGAUGAAUGCUCCUCAGGAACAGAAUCCUCAGAUUACUUUAUACAUUCUAAAUUUGAUAAAAGAUUUCCUACAAAAGCCUCAGGCUGGAAAGUGAACCACCUCUUAGAUCUGGGUAUUUAUUAUGAUGAAACAUCCAUGGAGCUUCAGACAUUUAUGACUAUGUUAAAAGAGGGUCUUCCUAAACCCAAAUCAACUUGUAGUGACAGAGAAGUUCCUGAAAUAAAGAAAAAGAUGAUACAGCUAACAAAAGACUGGUGGAAAUUUUCAUUUGAUUUCGAGAGUGCGGAGAAGUCAUUAGUAGGGAGUGGAGUUAGAGAAUCUCUGCAGAAAACCAAGGAAGCUGUAGAGAUUUUUGAAGAAGAAAACCACAACAUAGUUGAAAGCUUAACAACAACAGAGCAAGAAGAUUGGAAAAGUCUACAAGUGUAUUCAGUCUGGAGGAUGAAUGUUUUAGAUUUCUGGAGAUAUUUUUUCACUCUUCUUACAAGAUGGGGCAAAACAUAUCAGAGAAAAGAAAGAUUUACCUCCCUUUUCAUGGCUUUCUCCAAAAUCUGCUUUCUAUAUCCUGAGCCAGGAAAGACGUACUGUGAUAUGAUACAAAUCAGGGACACCAUGGUCCAGGGUAUACCAGAUAUCCGCUUCCUGACUUUGACUUCAUCUCCUUCAGCAAAGAAAAAUUUAGAACUCCUAUUAGUCACAGAGGUUCAACAGUAUGAUGCAUUUACAGGGGACUUAUCUAAAUCAGAUACCUUUACGGUUGAACAUAUAUCCAAGGCAGUAUUAGGUCAACAUGGAAUUGAACUUUUAAUGGAAAGAGAAAGCUCGUUUUUCUUCCCGGCAGGUGUAGUGGGACUUCUGUGUAUAGGAACAAAGGUUAUUUUCACGUUCCUUCAGAUAAGUCAAGGUCAUUACCAGAUGAUCAGGGAAAAGGGAACUGUUGACAAGACAAACAAGGCUACUAUAUCCUACACAAGACCCUAUGAUUACAUGGAAGCUAAUGACCGAGCAGAAAUCUUGGAAGUUCUCUUCUGGUUUGGUUACAUACAGUCUAGUCCUGAUCAGUUCUGCUAGAAAUGGGCGUAUUUAAUAUACUUUUAUAUUGUGUGUAUAUAUAAUGAUGACAGCUUAUUUGUGUAAAUAUGAUAUUUUCUUGAAUUUUUCAUAAUUUCAUACAGUCAGACACGUCACAGUACAGUAUAUGUUUUGCUAAAUAAAUGAGAGAAUAAUUAUCUGUUUGUACAUAAUGUUACUUUCACAUGCAUACACAUGAGGUUAUUUAAUUGACCUGCCUGAUGUACCAGUAUUGUGUUCAAAUAACUUACUAGAAUUUGAUCAAAUUUUAUGACAAAAUUGGGUUUUAUUUACUAUAUUUACCAUGUAGUUUGUCUCCAGUGACUUUUAAGAAAAUGAUAAAUGAUAUCUAAUAUUUGAAGUAAUUUUGGUAUCUGACAAUUUUUUUUAACAAAAAAAAGAAAAAAAGAAUAUCAAUAUGAUUUUAAACAAACUAAGUAUAGAUUAGGAUCAAAAUAUAGUGUUGGUUAUGAACAUA